AUGGAGCUCCCGCUAGACAAUGAGGACGACUUUCUCUAUUGGAAAUACCACCCAUCGGGCAAGUAUACGGUUAAAACAGGAUACUUCUAUCUUUCUAAGGAAUUGGGGUCAAACACCACCAAUUGCGUGGAAAGGGAGCAGGAAUUUAUUAAGCUAAUUUGGAGAAUGAAUAUACAACCGAAAUGGAAGUUGUUUCUUUGGAAGUUGAGUCACGAUGGCAUUGCCGUGAAGGAAAACUUGGCAAAAAGAGGCAUGCGUAUCGAAACAGAUUGCGAUCGCUGUAGAGAGGGCGAGGAAAAUAGUCAACAUCUUUUCAGGUAUUGUACUCAGGCAAAGGAAGUCUGGGAGAUGAGUCCCCUAGACGUUUUCCCUGACUCACUGGGGUCUAUUUCUCUAAAGGAAUGGAUCCAUCACUAUAUCCUGCUUUAUUAUAGCGAGGAUGGGAAACAAGGAGGUCGUUGGAUGAGGUUUAUUGCAACUCUUUGGGGCUUGUGGAAGGCUAGGAAUGCCAGAUGUUUCAGAAACGCGGUUGGGACGAGUAGCCAGGUUAGAGAUUUUAUAGAUGCUGCAAUUCAGGACCAUGAACAUUUCAUAUAUCGAGCUGGUAUAUUAUCGGAGGAAGAGGCGAUUGGUAGGGAUGAUCCUACCCUACCCCCAGGGUUUAUCUGUGUCCAGUUGGGGAAAGAGAGGACAGGGUUUGAUGACUUCAGAGUAGAAGUCGAUGGUUCCUGGGACAAGACAACCACGAGAGUAGGAAUAGGUUGGGCUAUUAAAGACAAUGGUAGUGGUGGAGAGACGGGUGAGGGAGGUAAGUACGGAGUGGCAGCUUCUGCUUUACAGUGUGAAGCUUGGGCUUGCUUGGAAGCUCUGAGAUGGGCUCGCUCUACGGAGAGGAAUGAGAUCCUGGUUUUAACUGACUCUUUAUCCCUAUUGAAUAAUUUACAGGGUAAUAGUUGCAAAGAGGUCUCGAUCACUUGGUGCCUCAAGGGUUUAAAAGAGGUAGGUGCUUUGUUCCAAAGAUGCACAAUCCUAAAAGUGCAGAGAGAUCAGGUUCAAAGGGCAAAUGACAUUACUAGACAAUGUCGGGUUAAUGUUAUGAAUCUAGUGUAA